UCAUAUGAUGAAAGAGGUAAUGGUUUUUAGAUUGGAAAGUGGGCUGAAAUUACUUCUGAAUUUGAUUCUUAUUCUUGGAUUAUUUGGAAUGGUGAAUUUAAUAAUGGGAAGAAAGUUGGUAGAUGGGAUACCUACAGAUACACCAAUUUUGAUAUUCUCAUAAACAAAAUAGGAAGGUUUUGCUUUUAUAUUAAUUUAAGGAAGUUUUCCUGAAUGAGUUUAUAUUGUAAAUUCAGAGUAAGAAUAAGUAUGGAUAAAAUUUUAAUAUUCAAUCUUAAACUUCACUACUGCAUUAGUAGGUAAUGUAAACUUUGGUAUGAAUAAAUUUACAUCCUAUCGAAAGUUUAUUGAAUCUAGGAAUUAAGCAAGUUCAGAGUAAGUUC